AUGUUCAAACAGGUCUUAAGAAGUCAAAGUAGAAACCUUAUAUUAAGGAAAAGCCCAUUAUAUGCCAGUCGUGUAGCCACUUCUGCAGUCUGUGUGCCAAGCUCGAGAAACCUAUGGACAGUUUCAAGACUUCUAAGUCAAGAAUCAGGAGUUGAAAGUAAGACUGCUGAGACUUUGGCAGAUGUCAAGGGCCGUGAAACAUUAAUCGGUAAAGGUGCUAAAGAAGGUACUGUUCCAACCGAUUUGGAACAAGCUACAGGUAUGGAAAGAUUGGAAUUGAUGGGUAAGAUGGAAGGUGUUGAAUUCUUCGACACCAAGCCAUUGCAAGCCAAUAGAAUCGGUACCAUGGCUGAUCCUAUCAUAGUGGAUUCCUACGAUGAAUACAGAUAUGUUGGUUGUUCCGGUUGUCCAGCUGGGACCCACGAGACUAUGUGGUUGAAGCCAACCAUUAACCAAGUUGCCAGAUGUUGGGAAUGUGGUUCUGUAUUUAAGUUGAAUUACAUUGGUGUCAAGACCGAAGAAGAUCAUCAUUAA